UUGUUUGAAAACGUAACAGAAGCUAACAAGAAGAGCGUAGAAAAACAACAAAGACGGACAAAAACAACGACGAAUAUUGAAAUUAUAUCUUAUAAUUUUGUGAAAAGCCAAACACAGUGCCAUCUCAUUGUGAAUUGUUGUAUUUUUGCUGUGGAAAAGUGCAAUAAAUUAAAACACAAACAACACAUAUCAUAUCAAAUAAGAAAAAACGCCAAAAAGAGAAAAAAAAAAGCAGUCAGUGAAAGUGUGUGUAUUAAAUAAAUAGAUACAAGCAGCUGAAGCAGAUUGCUGAAAAAUGGCAGCAUAUCAAAUGAAUUUCAACCAGGACUUUACUUCCCUGUCUGUGCUGAGCGGCGCCGGGUUGCGUCUGUAUUCAAUUGCGGGGCAGGAUAAAGUCGAGGAGAUCUUUGCCAAGGACAAUGCGGAACAAAUCAAGAUUGUGGAACGUCUUUUCAACAGUUCACUGGUGGUGCUGGUCACCGCCCAGAAGCCCAACUGCCUGAAGAUGUUGCAUUUCAAGAAGAAACAGGACAUCUGCAAUUGCUUCUACCCUUCGGAGAUUCUCUGCGUGCGCAUGAAUCGCCAGCGACUGAUUGUCUGUCUGGCGGAGAGCAUACACAUACAUGACAUACGUGACAUGAAGAUCCUGCACUCCAUCGAGAACAUUGCGCCCAAUGAGUUGGGUCUCUGUGCGCUCUCCCUCAAUUCGCAUCUGGCGUUUCCCAUUUGCCAGUCCAGCGGCGAGCUUCGCAUCUUCAAUGCCAAUAAACUGCGAACGGGCAUGACAAUCAAGGCUCACGACACGCCCCUUUCGGCGCUUAGCUUCUCGCCUAGCGGCGCCCUGCUGGCCACCGCCUCUGAGCGUGGAACUGUGAUACGUGUGUUCUGUGUGAAGAAUGGACAGCGGGUGCAGGAGUUCCGACGUGGCGUCAAGCGUUGUGUGCGUAUUGCAUCGCUGGUCUUUGCGGCGGGCGGUGACUUUCUGUGCGCCUCCUCGAACACGGAGACAGUGCACGUCUUUAAGAUUGAUGCACGCGCUGUGGAGGUGGCGGAAUUGAAGGCCAUAGCUGAAGUGGCGGCCAAAUCUGACAGCCAGUCGAAGGAUGCAACGACGGCAAAGACAACGACAAGCACAUCAACAGAGAGUUCUGAGGAAGUGCCAGAGGCUACGCCUGUGGCCAGCUGGGGAGGCAUGUUCACCAAAGCGGUUUCCUCGCUGCUGCUGCCUGCUCAAGUGAGCGAUGUGCUUGCCCAGGAUCGCGCCUUUGCCACGGUGGCGCUGCCGCAGUCGGGACUAAAGAACAUUUGUGCGCUGACCCGGGUGCAGAAGGAAUUGCGUUUGCUGAUUGCAUGCGAGGAUGGCUUUCUAUACAUGCACGACUUUAAUGUGGAGAAAGGAGGCACCUGCAAAUUGCUUGCUGUCCAUGAUUUGCGUGGCGCUCUCGAGGACGUGAUUGAGUUGCAGUUAAGCGAGAGCGUGCUUCGUACACAGUCGAAGCCGCUGCCGGCGACGACGCUGCCACAACAAUCGCUGACCAUGUUGAAGAGCUGUGCGGCCAGUGUGCUCAUCGAGAAUCCAGAGCCGAUGCCGGACAACAGCUAUGCCGGCAUCUUGCGUGGCGAGCAGACGGAUGCAAUGUCAGAUUCCGCCAAGUUUCGCAAGCUGUGCGAUGCCAUUGACACGCCCACAAAGCUGUACGAUGAGCGUCAGUUUCCUCCCGUAGCAAUUGCGGCAAAAGAUUGACCACGACGCCAUGCCAACAAGGAUCUGGUGAUUGUGGAAAAGUCGCAGUGUGGUUAACAACGCUCUCUGCAUUUUGCAAAAGCCCAAAAUGUGUUGAAAAUUCCAUACACAACAAAAUUCUUAUCAAAUUAGGAAAUUAUUUAAAGGAAUUUAUUUUAAUUUAAUUUAACUACAAAAAAAAAAAAAAAACAAACAAAAAUUUAGAAAACCAAAAAAAAAUCAACAAAUACUCGACAGAGAAAAAUCGCAAAAAAAAGUAUUUUAGUUAAUAUGAGAAACAAUGUAAUUAAUUUCUAUGCUAAGCAAUAAUUAAUUAAUAAUCGACAUUUGCUAUAUGUUCUUGUAUAUAACUGUAUGACUAUAACCGCUUGCAUACUGUAUAAUAUGUACGUAUGGUGUAUAGUUUAGGUCCAAACUCUCGGCUUUCUCAUUCCGUUAGUUAUUCUCUCUACUUUGUAAAGUAUAUACUUGUAUUUAAUCAUAGGAGAAAACUACGUUAAUCUAAUGUAUAGAAAAUGUAUUCGAAAGAAGCUCAAAAAUCCAAAAAAAAAGGAGGAGAAGUAGAAUGAUAAUCAACUAAAAUGUACCUUAAACGACGAACAGCAACAAACGUAUUCAAUUAGCUUUGCAGAGUAAAUGAUUACAUUUAAAAACUUAACAUAAAUAUUGCAAAUAACUAAGUAUUAAAAAACAGAUUUACAAAACUGAGAUUCUCCUCAAAUAAUUUCAAUAUGUUUAACAUAACUGUGACAAAAUUCGAAAAAAUAUCAAGUCAAUAUGCCCAAAUUAUUGAAAAAGAAUUUAAAAAUUACAAAACACAAAAAAAAAAACGAAUAAAAACCACAAAAACCCAUAUAUAA